AUGGCCGACAGCGUCAAGCGCAAAGAGGCACCCGGAGGCGGGGCAGGAAAUGCAGGGAAGUGGAAGACGCCGCACCAGUUGGCCAAGAUUGCGGCAUUGGAGUACAACACAGUCAACCCGGGUGACCAGGGCGUCUGGGUGACAUGUGCCAGGCAGCGGGAGGUCAAGGCGUCGAGGGAGAUUCAGAUCUUGUUUGCUGAGUACGCCGAAAAGCUCUACGGCAUUAAAUCUGUCUUAGACAGCUCUCCCCCCAAAAAGGACGACGCAGCUAAGAAAGAUAACGGAGAUGACUCCGACUCGGAGCCAUCCGACAUCGAAGCGGCCAUCAAAAAGGAGGUUGCUGCGCUGACAUCCAAGCCGGACCCCUCUUCAGAUAGCUCACAAAAGGACAGCCAGGCCAAUACGGCAAACCGCAUGGUUCCGAUCCGGCUCAACGUCGAUUGCCUGCUGUUCGUAAAGACCCAACCGCCAGUGAAUCCAGUUGAGUUUGUGAAGCGCAUUUGUGAGGAUGCGGCUAAGCUGAGCGCUUCCACUGAGAGUAAUGGCUGUGGGGAUGCUGCGGUCAGCAAAAAUCCCGAGACCAAGACCAUGUUCCGGUGCCGAUACGUCAAUCGACUGACGCCGGUCAGUGCGACGGGCAAGGCGACGGAGCAGGGGCUAAUAGAAGUUGCGAGGAAAGUGUUGGAGGAGUGGUUUGAUUUGAGUGGGAAGAGGGGACAGCAGCAGCAAAAGGGAGAGGGGAAGGACAAAAAGGAGGGGCCAGAGCAAGCAGAGAAGAACGAUGAUGCCGGUGCUCAAGAGGGCGAGCAGCAACAGGUGGGAAAGAAGCCGUAUACGUUCGCCAUCCGCCCGACCAUCCGUAACCACAGCACAUUGACGCGCGAUGUGAUUAUCAAUACGGUUGCCGGGCUGAUUAAUGAUGAGAGGCAUAAAGUUAACCUGAAGGCGCCGGAUAAGGUUAUUUUGAUUGAUAUCUACCAGAAUGUUUGCGGUAUGAGUGUCGUUGAUGGCGACUGGGAGGCUCUUCGGAAGUACAACCUCACCGAGCUGUACGGUGUGAGGCCGGAGAAGAAGGAGAAAGAGCAGAAAGCAGGGGGUGCUUAA